AAAGUUAUGCCUUCUACUUUGGAUUUUUAUUAGGUCUGUUGUCAUUUGACUCUAAAACUCCAAUUUCCUCUCACGACUGUGUGAAAGUUACUAAAAUGUCCAGCAAAUUUAUUAUAUUUUUAUUUACGACAAUAUUAUUUCUAGGGCAAAUACUCAAGACUAAAGGAGAUUCACAUUCAGCGGGAUAUGAAGAUCCUGAGGAUCACAACAAUUAUAACAAAGGCCAAAGGAAGACUAUUCAUUCAUUAAGAGGCCAUUACAAAGAAGAAAUACAUAGACUCUUGAAAUGUGGUAGCAUUGAUAAAAAGGAAAAACACAUUCACGUAUCCGAUAAAAGUCCACAAACAGAAGUUAAUGUGGCAACGACAAGAAUUGAAAAUUCAAGCACCAACGAAAUCCUUACAACAACAGAAAACCUAAGGGAAGGUCCAAGAACAACUGCAAACGCAGUAGAAACUGAAGAAUCAAAGACCGAUAAAAAAUCAAUUAAUGAAACAAAAGAAACAACUAUAACACCAGACAAUUUUGUAACACGUCUCUUACCAGUUUCUGAAAAACUAGGAGUAAUAAAUGAUACCAGUGUAAAUGAUAUUACGACGCCACACCUAAAUACGGAAUAUUUAACAGAUACUACGUUACAUUUACGACGUGCACUUGACGAAGAAGAUCCUAUUAAUAAUAUCGAUAGUGAAACAAGCAGCCAUUCUUCUGAACAAAAUAACCAUGACACCAUCCUUGACAGCACGCAAAAGAAUUUUGUAUUCGAAUCACUAGUAAUAAAAAACGAACCCGAUGGAGAAAUUUCAAAUAGAAAGCACCAGUUCUUGGAUCAAAGCAAGGAUGCCAAUUUCAAUAAUGAAGAAACUAAUGAUAUUAGAAUGCCUUCAAACUUGAAUGAAGAAAAAUUCCCAAUAAACUAUUACAAUCCUUUUACGGGUCCACCGCCGAUGAAAUACGCGUUACCGAUAUACCCAAAUGUAUUAAAAGUACAGGGUAAUAAUUUAAACCAAUCCAAUUCUAUAUCCAAUGACCAAAUUGAGAAGUCAUUAAUAGUAGAUGGUAAAAGUUCAAACUCGAGUGAAUACAAAGCCUUUAACAGAAUAGCAGAAUUUAAUGAGUCUGAUAUAGAUUUUCUACUAAAUGACUCACAUAUUACCGCUGAAGAUUUAAACAGAAUAGCAAGUAAUCCAUCUAAAGGUUUUGGUGUUUCAGAAAUGGAUAAAUCGAAUUUGAUGUUGAUUGAACAUCCCCGCGUCUGUUUUGCUUGUAGCAGCACCAACAAUCCAACAUGCUGGUUACCAGAUAUGAGCACACCAGCGAAAUACUGCCGCGGAGGCCACAACGCUUGUGUGACGAAAACUUACAAACACAGAGGUUACGCAUUCGUCGUUCGUGACUGCGCUGCCUCUUGUGUAAACAGGGAUUUACCAGACAACGGCUUAUAUUACAGGUCAUGCACAAUUUGCCACUCCGAUCUAUGCAAUGGCGCUAACUUUACUUCAUUUUCUUUGAAAACAAUUAUCUUACUUCUAAUUACAAUUUGGUUUAAGUAUACAUAGUUUUGAAUGUAGUAGUCUGGUUUCUUUAUUAAAAAUAGGUAUUUUUUAUAAAUAAUGAGCUGCAAAAUGUGCAUUCUGUAAUAAAAUCUAACCAAAAAUAUCCAUGUAAUAUUGAAACCGGAAAUGUUAUGUUUUUCAAUAAUCAUAAAUAGCUCUUCUUUGCAAACUAGCGAACUGUUUACUCGGCUCCCAGGAGGUCUCCGCUUGGAGAUACCACCUCCAAAUAUUAAAAAGAGUGCUUACUCCUUCCUCAAAGGCCGGCAACUAUCGGCUGUAGUGACUGCUUUUUAUCUUAUAAACAAAACAAUAAUAAAAGAUGAGUGUUUUAGAUUCGUUUGCUGUAUUUAUUUGUUUGCCUGCUUUAAUUUGUUAGGUUCAUUUUUAUAUUAUGAUAACGUCUGUUGUACUAUUAUUUAUUAUAUUAUUUCAUCCAAUUCGUAUCUUAACAGUAACUAACAAGUGAAGUAGGUUCUUUUUUGGCACUGUGAUGUUUCGUUUUAAAUUAAGCAAUGGUUUCUAUUAUAUUUUUCAAUAAAUACAUUAAACCAAAUUGAUUAUUUAAAUUGAAUUCUGUAAUAACAUUUCCACCAAUUAUAACGCCUUGCACAAUGUGAAAUAUGACCUCAUAAACCAAUAGCGUUAUUCUAUUCUUGUAGAUUGAAUUUAAAAAUAUACUAGACAUGCUCGCAGAUGAAUUUGUAUUUACAGAAUUAAAAGUUUUUGACGUACUCUACAUUUCUGAGGGUCGUGUUAAUGGUGUUGCAACUUCCUCCACUUUCCCUGUCUUUGGCAAGCGCCUUCCCUCUGCGCCUGUGUGACGGUAAGACCUGUAAGAGCCUUUACUUGAUCAGUCCAUCGAGUAGGAGUUCGGCCUCGAGAUCUAAUACCCUACACUUUGCCAGUCACGAUGAAUUUAGGUUUUGUAUGGCAUAAAUAAACAAUUUUGAGUUUUGUAUUUAAAUAAAACUACAUAGGUAUA